AUGGCGGUCCCAGUGCCUUACAUCGCGUCGGUGGCGGGAUUCAUAUUCUUCGUCCACGCCGCGUUCUUCACGGCGCACUACCGGGAACAACUGAAGGACCUUGAUGAGCCAUUCAUCCUGCCUCCCACACAGGUUUUUAUGGAACUUGCUGCUGGUCUUUUCUUCACCAUCUGGGCAGCUGUGAACCUUCCAGGAGAAUCCUUCCUGCCCAUUCAGCUGUCCGAGGAUGUGAACAGGGUGGUGCAAACACCAGUGCCAGUCGACUUUAUGUGCUUCCAUCACAGAGCAGCAAUAUCUCCACCCCCUAUUCGUUUUGCCUUCAAGGCCCGACGAUGA